UUCAGAAAUAGGAUGGCUGAUGAUGUUAACCAUGGCAGUAAAGAUAACCGGAAAAGCUUUCUCAGUUCAUUCGAUGAUGUUGAUCAAUUCCUUGAGGCUAGUGAAUCUGUUGACGAAGAUGCCGGAAAUAAAACAACUGAUAUCGAGAUCACAACCGAUCUUGGUAGCAGUACAAGCAUGCUAAGUCCUGCCUCCCCUAUGCCAUUUUUGAACAAGUCUUUUGAUGGAAAGUUUCAACCUCGCAAUCCGAUUGCAGAAGUAAUGUCAGAAACUGAAGAGUCCAUGUCCCACGAGGAGCAGAUACACUCAGACACUCCUUUACCACAUGUUGACACACCUCUACCGAAUCCAGAAGAUUACCCGGUCUCUUCCAAUCCUGAUUCAGAGAGUUCAGAUGAACUGACUGUUCAUCAAGAAUCUGACUCUCUGAAUACAGAGGCCUUAAAAUUAAUGGCAGGAAUGAAAUCAUUGCAUAUAAGUACAGACAUCAACGUUUCUGGAGAUAAGAAUAUCAUUGAAAAGCAAGUUGAGGAUCAAAUUGUCAAUUUUCAAAGAGGCCUCUCUGCUGAACUACCACCAAAUGAAUCUCUUGCUAUCCCGAGUUCUGUCAUGAAAGAGUCCAACCUUCUGGAUAAAGUGUCAUUCAUGGAGAGUAGUCUUCCUAAAGACAACACCUUGAUGGCCACCGGAGCAUCAAUAGCAGACCUGCCCCUGGAGGAAGAUUUUGAGAAGAACGAGUCUCCAGUGAUAAGAGAAGAGGAGACCCCUAGCGAGGAGACUCCUAGUGAAGUUAAGGUGUCCGAGGUGGAAGAAGAAGUCGAUAAGAUUCUUCAGGAUGUUAAAUCCUCCGAACGUGACUACUCGAGUGACCAGUUUGAAAGUUAUGAGGAUGUUUCAGACAACGACAAGUUUAAUCGUCCGGAUGAAAUGCGACUUGCACCUGCAGAAUCCCCUUCGAAAACUGCUUAUUCUCCUAUGAAAACAACUUUAAACCCGUUCGAAUCGACGCCCAUUGAUAUGGACAGGUUCCAGGACCGCACUACUGGUUUUGACUUAAGUCCAGUACUAAGCAAAAGAGAUCCUCACCUCAAGGAUAACAAUGAAGUGGACACACAAGGGGAGACAAAAGGGAAACCUUCCCAGUCACAUGAAACUAUUUCAACUACAAAUCCUGAUUAUUCCCAGGAGAAAGAUAUGGCUUAUUAUCUGGCAAAAAUAAAAGCGAAAGCUGCCCAAAAGAGUCAAGAGAUAAGGUCCAGUAUAGAGAGCAGUAGAGCAUCAGAUUCCAGGUCAGAUAAAACUCCUGAUUCUGAGUUUGUCAAACCAAAAACUCCUGCCCCUAAGAAGAAAGGACAGGACACUAAAAAGUUUACGAGCAGCAUCAAGAAACCAACUAUCACAACGAAGGAUUCAGGACCCUCAAAAAGUAAAGUUCCUGUUAGGACUUCCUCGGCUAAAUCUAAAAUAGUGGCACAGUCCCCCGUUGCAGCUUACAUUAGGGGUAAACCUAAACCUUCUCAUCAAAAUGAUGGGAAAAAUAAUGUUAACUUGUCCAAACAGAACCUUGGUAACACAUGGACAUGUGCGUUAACUGACAAGAGUCUUGUGGAGGUCAUUCAAGCAGACGGAGAUGUGGAAGCGUGGAAGGAGUUGUAUAGGCGCACCCAGGAGGAGUUGCGCCAGGUUCAGGAGCAGCUGCAGGAGACACAGCGUGCGCACAAGGAGCGUGUCAGCACCCUCAAGACAGCACACUCGCAGGAGCUCCACAAGUACAAGCAGGACGUGUAUGUGCUGCAGUCGCGGGUGAAAAAUGCCGGGAAUGCGGGUGCUGGAGGAGGUGGAGGAGAUGCGGACUCCAGAGUGGAGCAUCUUAACAAACAAGUUGCUGAACUGGAGAACCUUCUUAGUGGGUACCAGUCGGAGAAUGUUAAGGUCUAUGAGGAGAUGAGAGGUCUAAAAGAGCAUCAGAAGGACGAAAUAACGCGACUCUUUCUAGAAAAUAAAGAUCUGGCGUCCAACAACGUUGCUCUGAAGCAAUUACUCGAACAGAAAGAGGCGUCAGUACGACAGUUGCAGCAGAACCAACAAACCCAACUUCUAGCAGACAAAGUGUCAAACCUGCCCAAACUAGCAGCUUUACAAGCUGAUCUAGACGACUACAAACACAGGGAGAUAAUGUACCAACAGCGUGUAACUGUUUUAGAGGGCCGUGUCGGAGGGGGACCCAGGGAGUUUAGUGAUGCUGCUGUUAACUCUUCUCUUGUACAGGUGGACCAACAGAUAACCACUCUGGUAAAAGAGCAAACCCAAGAAAGGGACCAGCUUUACGAGAAAUUGGAGAACUUGCUCCGCGAAAACGCCGACCUCAGGACUGACAAAGAUCUGCUGCGACGGCGUGAGGAUCGCAUUGCUGAACUUCAGCAUGCAGUGAAACUUUUGCAGAGUACUGAACAUGAACAGAAGUUGGUUGCAACGGCCUCAGCUGAAAAUGUCAGGACCAUUAGCGAUUUAAAACGACAGAUUGCUGAAUUAGAGUCAGCCCUACACAAGCGUCAUCCUGAUUCAAUUACAGCACUCAUUGCAGCCACUACACCUGUUGAUAACUCAGCUAAGAUCCUAGAAAUGCAGGAGACUUUAUUCUGGUCAAGAGAAUAUGAGGGCUAUAUCGCAAAACUGAAAACUGAAAAAAGUUCUGAAGUUGAACUAAGCAAGGUGCAGCAAAUGAACAGAGUUUUAAGAGAGAAAGUUAUCAGACUUGAGGAAUCCCUGGCCGAAGCGCAGUCUCGUGCUGUUAAAUUAGAACAAGAGAGUCGUGAUCUCAGAGAUGGUCAAAUACCAACUGGGGAGAUUAAACGGAAGAUGGGGCUGUUGAAUGAGAAGCUGAGAGUUCAGGAUCAGCAGAUGGUACAGUUAAAAUCUCAACUGCUGCUUGCUGCACCUCUGACAAUUAAAAAACAAUAUGAUCCUGAACACUUUGAGGGAAAACAUAUUUCAGAGGUGCGAAAAGAAAACUCAAUUCUGAAAACUAAAUGCGAUCUUCUGAAGAUAGAAAACGACCAGCAGAAGUCCACAUUACUGGGAAUGAAAGUCACCCAUGAGACAGAAGUAAUGCGGCUCUCUGAGGAGCAGUCAACUAAAAUGGACAAGCUCAUCCAACACCACGAAGGAGAGCGACAGAAGCUUGUUACACAGCACGCGGCACGCUUUGCAGAAUCUGAGGUUGCACGGUUAACAAAUAAAGUGGAGACUCUGGAGCUUCAAGUGUCACAUUACAGUGAACAAGCAGGCCAUCUGCCCAAACUGCAAACUGAGACUCAGAACUUGAGGAAUAAGGAGAAAACACUUGUGGAACAGAUAACGAAACUAGGCAGAGAACUUGAGGAGACGGCAGCUCAGCAGCCCCCUUCGUUACACCAGUAUAAAACAAUACAGCAGAGAGUUGAAAACAUGGAACGUGCUCAUAAGAAUCAGACCGGUCAACUUCAGGAUACUAUCGAUAUACUCCAAAAAGCGAAGGUUAAGGUUGUUAUAGCAGCGAACACAUCAUCAAGAAAUAUAAGAGCAGCUGAUAGAAAAGAACCUUCAAAUUGAACGAUUUCAGAACGAGAUAGACUCUAUAAUAAGCCUUUGUAUGGAGCUGCAAUCACAUGGUAUAGUUUUACCUAAACGGCACAAUCUUGGACAAUUCCACCUGUGAUCAUCAGGGCACCCCCACCAGUGACGUGGGUCCUGGUGAACAUGUUGUCAUUAUUCAAUGAGCUUUGCCUAUUUGAGGGGCAAUUCUGUUUGAUAAUCUAAUAAGUAAAUUCCGCACAAAAUGUUGCGUUAGUUGGUCACUUCUCACGACCGUCUUUUAACCUUGUUGUUUUGUUUUUACCAGUAUAAUAUUUUGUAUUUAUGUAUGUAUAUUAUCAUAAUUUCUCAUCUAAUAGUUUUAAUAUCCUUCAUUUUUACUCCGUUCUAAAUCUAUUUGUAGCCGGCCUUUACGAUUGUCGAAACUGCCGCCAAUAACUGAUCUUUAAGAAGCUCGAAUUUUUCAAUUUCUGCUAGAUUAUGUUAAAAUUGAUGUCUUGAUGCUUUGAAAUGAAAUCGUAAUUGUGACGUUUUGAACUGACACCGGCUUAUGUCCAAUGUUCAGUUUUAGUCAAAUGGCGGUUUAUUUAAUGGGAACGGACGGGAACGCGCAGCGGCCGAACGUAUAUUUCUCUACGUGUCUAAGGACCUGUGCGCAACACCGCGCGUUCUGUGAUCUUUAGGGGACUAUUUAUACGUGGAAUACGUGGUGGGAAAAUCUUUCGAAUAAAAGCCCCAAAUUAACCGUCUACUUU